AUGGUAGCCUGUCCUAUAUGUUCCAAAAAUGUUGCACUAAGCGAAAUCAACGAUCACUUGGACGUUUGCUCAGACAUACCCCCAGUCCAAGAGGCCUUCAAGCUGACGGCAAAAACCGAGCUGUCACAGGAGUUGUUCGUUUCCGUAUCCGGGUCCAGCCAAGAGGCAGAUAUUUCGGGGGUGAUUGACGUGGAUGCUGAAUCCGAAUGUGCCUUUGAUGAGAUUAAGAUCGAGUCAGCCUUUGCCAAGCCUGGAUUGAACCCCAUGUUGGGUCUCAGGCCCCAGUCGGGGAAACUGGGAGCCGCCACUAAGCAAAGAUCGCAUAUUCUGGCUUCCGGUGUUAAAAUCAAACGUGCGCCAACCUAUACCUAUACCCCACAGCCCAAAAAGCUGAAAACAGAGGAAGAAACUGAAGAAACGGUGAUGGUGCUGCCUAUCCUUACCGAGACAUCCGAACCACUGCCAGAUAUAGAUGAUAAAGUCAGACUUCUUAAACAAAAGGCACAUUUACCAUUAGCUGAGAGGUUGAGGCCUACUAAAUUGUCAGAUUAUGUGGGUCAGCAGCACUUAAUCGGGGUAGAGGGUGUGUUACAGAGUUUUAUCGUGACCAACAGAUUGCCGUCGUUGAUUCUCUGGGGCCCUCCCGGUUCGGGAAAAACCACCUUGGCCAGGAUUAUCUGCCGAACCAUCAACUCUCGCUGCUUGGAGGUCAGUGCCACCAACACAUCCACCGGGGAGAUGAGGAAGAUGUUCGAAGAUGCUGUGAACGAGUGGAAGUUGACCAAGCGGAGAACCGUUAUCUUCAUUGACGAGAUUCACCGCUUCAACAAGGCUCAACAAGAUGUGUUGUUACCAGUUGUGGAACGUGGAUCCAUCACGCUAAUCGGCGCCACCACAGAAAACCCGUCUUUCCAGAUCAACAACGCGCUCUUGUCCCGAUGCCGGGUGUUUGUGUUGAAGAAGUUGAGCCGCGAAGAAGUCAGCAAGGUCAUUAACCGGGGCCUUAUUUUGAUCAAUCAGACCAGAAAGCUUGUGUUCGGAAAUAACCAUUUGUUGCGGUUGGCAAAGGAGAGCAUUGACUACUUGGCAGAUUUGAGUGACGGCGACUCCCGCACGGCCCUCAACUUGUUAGAUAUCAUCGACGCCCAAUACAUGCACGCCUCAUCUGGACAACAGGACACUGGGAGCGAGAGAGUUAUAGACGACCUAAUCGACCCAGAUCACCUCCAGACAAUAUUGAAGAAAACACACAUGAACUACGACAGGGUAGGGGACGCCCACUACGACACCAUCUCCGCGUUCCACAAGUCCGUAAGGGGAGGGGAUCCUGAUGCAACGUUGUUCUACCUCGCCAAAAUGCUUAGAGGCGGGGAGGACCCGAUUUACAUCGCCAGAAGAAUGAUCCGCAUUGCCAGUGAGGAUGUGGGGGUGGCAGACGAAUCGUGUCUACCGUUUGCAGUCGCCGCCUAUCAAUCCGUACAGAUGGUGGGUUUACCAGAGGCCAACGUGUGCCUUGCACAUUGCGCUGUGAAACUUGCGCGUGCCGAAAAGUCUGUGGAAUUGUAUCGCGCUUGGAAGUUGUUGAAUCUGCAAUUGGACUCUGAUCUUAAAAUUCAAAAUGCCGUCAUCCCAGUUCACUUGAGAAACGCCCCUACAAAAUUGAUGAAGGAUCUCGAAUAUGGCAAGGAGUACAAAUAUCCUCCAAAUUUUAAAGAUGGCCGGGUUAAGCAAGACUACUUGCCGGACGAAGCGAAGGGCUACGUUUGGUUGAAUGGGAAGCAUCUCGGGGACGAAGUCGAUCCUGAUCUAUAG